AUGGCAGACGACGAGGCUGACCCCUCCGAGCUCUUCUCGUCACCCAUCAAACCCUCCGACCUGCCAUCCAGGCCGAGGACGCCCAGGACGCCCAAGACACCCCCACCUCCCACCAGCUCCAGGGACAAGGAGAAGGAGCCUUUCGAUGCAGAGGAGGUUCGAGAGGCAGCCCUCCGCCGGGAGCUGGAAGGGGUGCGGAACAUCAACGAGGUGAUCGAGGGGGUCAUUGGCACGCUGGAGAAGGCUAAGGGGAACAUGGGUAGCGUCUCUCGGACGGUCGACAACGCAUCCACCCUCCUCAACACGUGGACGCGCAUCCUCUCUCAGACCGAACACAGCCAGCGCCUCAUCCUCAACAAGGACUGGAACGGUUCCACGAGGGACCUUGAGGCCGUUGAGGAGGACAGACUCGAGCAGCAGCUGGCCGCGCAGCGCCGGGCCGAGGCGGAGGACCGCCGGCGCGAGGAGGCUCGCCGGAGAGCAGAAGAGCAGGAGAGGGCGCGCCUCGCAGGCACAACCACGACCGGCCGCGGGCGGGGUGUCCCUGGGGCGCGGGGCACGAGGACGACGCGGGCACGGGGUGUUCUGAGAGGUGGAGUGGCGAACAUAUCUGGGCUGGACAGAGGUGGCGCGUCUGCAUCAAGCUCGAGAGCCGGAUCCCAGAUAGGAAGGGGGUUCGGCGCGGGACGGACAGCGCGUGGGACCAGGGCGACAGGACGCGGCGUGAGAUGA